CAGGACUACUAUAACGUACGCUAUAUUGGAGGUCCUUACCUAUCAGACUUGCUUUCUCCUGGAUAGCAAGCACUGCAAUGGCGGAUUACGAUAACUACGAUGACCGGGAUCGGGCUUAUGGUAGCUUUGGCGGCGGAAGAGGACCCCGAGGUGGUGGCGGACCAGGAGGCCCCCGCAAGCAGAAGGAGCUCCCGACAGAGCCGCCCUACACCGCCUACGUGGGCAACCUCCCCUUCAACACCGUGCAGGGCGACAUCGACGCCAUCUUCAAAGACCUCAGCGUCAGGAGCGUGCGGCUCGUCCGCGACAAAGAGACAGACAAAUUCAAAGGUUUUUGUUAUGUAGAGUUUGACGACUUGGAAUCCCUCAAAGAAGCUUUGACGUACGAUGGUGCACUUCUGGGAGAUCGGUCACUGCGGGUGGACAUCGCCGAGGGCCGAAAGCAGGAACGAGGAGCCGGAGGCUUUGGCUUCCGAAAAGAUGACAGAGGGCGCGGAGCAUCGCGUGGCGGUCCCAGAGGAGGUUCCCGGGACGACUUCGAAGGAGGAGGAGGAGGAGGAGGAGCAGGCUUUAGAGAGGACGACUUCAUGGGUGGGAGGAGUCGAGGAGGCGGACGCCCUGGCAUGGACCGGAGAGGGGGCGGAGGAGGAGGAGGAGGAGGAGGAGGAGGAGGUGCCGGCGGCGCUCCCAUGGGGCGCUUCAGGGACGGACCUCCUCGAGGAGGCCCGACGGACUUCAGAGAACCCUCUGAUGAGGAGCGAGCACAGAGGCCCAGGCUACAGCUGAAGCCGCGCACGGUUAGCGAACCACUAAACCAGGUGGCCAACCCCAACUCGGCUAUCUUCGGCGGCGCCAAGCCGCGGGAGGAGAUCUAGUACUCAAGAUUCGGCCCCUCCUACCUUGUGUGAGUCAUGAACUAAUGUAUCCAUGUGGCUGCGUUAUUCCGGAGGGCUAUGCUGGAUCUACGGGCUUGGUUCACCAAAAAUCUUUCAAAGAAACGAGACGUCUUCCCAAAGAAAACAGAAAAAACAAAAGCUGCCGGGGCAGCAGGGUGCUGGGCCUCUCUCUCUCCUCCCUGAAUGCCAACGCAAGCAAAAACAAAAUAAUCAAUAAAAAAAAUAAACCAGGCCUGACCCGAUUGGCUAUGGAGACGUUGGACCGUGGGAUUGUGGGAAACUGAGUCCCAGGUUUAUCUUCACCCUGCAUGCCCCUUCUUUGGGAACCCCCCCCCCCCCCCUCUCUCGCCAGACCUUAACUAAACUCAGAAGACAGUGGCUGCAGUGUCCCUCGGUUGCCUUUGGGUAAGGACUGUAUCAAGUGUAAUGUGUUUCUUUCUUUCCCAAGGCAUUGUUUUUUUGUGCAUGGUUAAAAAAGAGAAAAGAAAAAAAAAAGAGAAAAGAAAAGACGAAAAAGUCUGUUUGCGUAGUUCAUAGACACUCAGUCAUGGUGGUGUCUCUUUAAACGUUGAACUAAAUUUCUUCUAUUUGUGAAAUGAAACAGUUUUCCCUCUUUAAUCAUUUCCCACUGUCUGAACAGUUAAAUACUUUUCAAAUCAGAAGAAAAAAAAAUCUGAGCCUGAAUCAUUUUGUUGCAUUGUGUAAUUUCUGGCGUAACCUCUUGAAAGAUUUUUUGACCUAAGUCUGUUAAAUACCAGCAGAAAAAAUGCUUUCUGUAAUAAUCACUCCACACACACAUACCCACCCACCCACCCGCCCAGCCCUUCCCCUUCCCCAUCCUCAAUAGGAGCAACAUGAAUGCACCCUAGGAUUGACAUGGCCGCACCACGGGCUAAACAGCUACGUCUUUGUCGACCAACAUUCUACUUCCACGGCUUGAUGGUUAUGUACUUAAUACUUCAAAACAGUGAAAUAAUAAAUACCGCUCACUUAACAGUCAAAUGCUUUAUACAUAGGAAGCUUGUUGAACAAAGAUCAACCGCUCUCACAUGUCAAACUAAGGUGACAGGCGCUUUGUCUGUCCAAUAGAAGAUUAGCGUAGAAAUCUCGAGAGAGAGACCCAUGUGCCGCAACCAUUUUAUUUACAUUUUAUUGGACAUGAGAUGGAGAACGUGACACCCUUUUCUUACUGUAUUAUAGAAAGAACAGCUGUUUUUAUUCUUUCUUUUUUGUUGUUGUUUUCAUUAUUUCCUACACUGUUUAUGGCAAUAAAAUGUAUCAUCUUA